GGUGUUGAGGGGCACGACAUACCCGACUAGGACCCGUAGCCGUCCACUCUAUUAGCUCUAACAUGAGCUGUCCAAGACCUUGAACAUCCUGCGCUUUGCGGUGUCUUCGUGUGGCUGAACGCGACCAGUCAGUAUGACUGAAGAGGAGGAGCCGUCGUAUAUCGACUACGACUCAUUCCUCGGUCCCUCAUUCUCGGCGACAGCUUUCGCCAAUACCCUUGUUCUAGCCACGAAUAAUCCUUCUGACACACCACUCGACCUUUCAACUCCCCUCUCCCGAGUUCUCUUCGACGUACAAGAGAUAGACACCCAUAUCGACACGUUAACGACAAAAUUUGCGCUUCCACUUCUGCAGCACACGCGAGAACAUGCCGAGUCAAGCGGACGUAUAUUACACGAAGUGGAAGGUCAGGUAGCGAGCCUGACACAAUCAUAUAAAACACUCGAGAUAGAAGUGACCGAGCGUUACGAGUCGGCAGAGGAAGUGCGCAUCACCGCAGAGAGACUAUGUGAAGCUGUCAAGAUGGGCCGGGGUGUAGCUCGUAGCCUUAUGCUUGGACGACAGCUCGAAGUCCAAAUGUCAGAGUUUCAAGGUCUACCAACAAGGCGAGAAGAUCACAGGGCUAUGGUGCGGGCUGCAAACACGCUGCUCUCCCUCCGAUACAUAUUCCAAGCAAACAUGCCAGGGGGAGAAGGAGAGGGCCUGGACAGAGUGACUGCCAUCAGUACCCUCAAGAUGGAUCUAGUGCGUAUAGCAGAGAACAAAAUUGUGAUGCGUUCGACAGAGAUCGUAAGAGCUUUUUCAAUGUCUUCCCUGUUGGCAUCUACUGCAUCUCAAGACGGAACAUCGGCCUCCAAUUUUUCUCAAACCGAAGAUACUAAGUCGCGAGCAACUUCAGCUCUAAUCUGCCUCUACCUGUUGUCUCCAACCACCUCGGCGACUACCGUCGCGACGUUUGAACCAACACUGCUAGUAAGCGCUCUUGAAGACUUCAUCCAAACAGGUUUGAAGUCAUCCCUGGCCUCCAUUGCGAGAGCUCUAGCGACUCUCCCUACUCUUGACCGGACACUACUUGAAGUUUCUGCGCGCUGUCAAAAUAUCGUUGCCCUUGAAGCUUUACUUGCAUCCAUAAGGCCACCACGACAUCCUCUGUUAGAGAUCGUGCAGGACUCGAAAGAAUCUCCAGUUCCCAAUUUUCUAGACUCGCUUCUUCAUAGCUUGGAUACUUCGUCUCUUCCUUCGUUCUUUUGGAGGUCUCUGGCCUCCAGCCUCUCUCCUCGCGUACAGGAGAUCAUGCACCGAGGGGGUGUAUCCGCCCGAACGUUACGCUCAAAUAGAGACAGGGUCAAGGAUUCUAUACGGGAGUGCGUCAAUCGUGGAUCUCAACUUCCAGCCAGUAGCCUCAGCAAAAAUAAUGUGGCACCUUCUGGAAGCUGGGAGCGUGAGGCAGCCGUCAUGGUCGGUUCCGUUAUGGGCGUUCUCGGAAGGUAAACGUGACUCUUG